CAGCCUCGUAAAACGUUCAAGCGCCAUGGAAAAUCCGGGGAAGUGCCCGCUGCGCUCGGCCCUCUGACAUGCAAGUUUGCGGGGCGCGCUCCGUGUUAUGACCCUGGAUUGUCGGGCUUGCGCUUUUGGAUGGAAAUCAGGAAUUUCGAGACGGCCCAGAAGGGGGGCCCAUGAAAACGGUUUACGUCAGGGAUUCACCGCGCAUCCAUGCCUGAUCGCAACACCACAACGUCCCUGUCUCAGCUGAACGCACCGCGCGGCCGUUUCCGUCCUCAACCCUGCCAUUCGUCGUCGCUUGCUCGCCCUUCGCCCAUUUGCUGGCCGCGCCUCAUCACUUUGCAUCGUGUGCUGGCUCCAUCCGCCAGCCUACUCCCGCAUCGGCCUUGCCUCACGCUCCUUGCGCGCGUCAAAUUUUGCUCGUUCACCGCUGCUGUCACACCAAGGAGGGAAGACAAUGGGAGUCACAUCCGAACGCCGGGCAGCCUCGUGGGGUGGGAUGUCUCUCAGAACAAUAUCUCUGAUCUGCUUGACUUUUCAGAACUCGGCGUUGAUCUUGAUAAUGCAUUAUUCACGCAUGAUGCCGCUCGUCGGACCCCGUCGAUACUUUACCAGCACCGCCGUCUUCCUGAACGAGGUCUUGAAGCUGUCGUUGUCCCUGACAAUGGCCCUUUACGAAAUCUCCGCGUCAUUGCCCUCUUCUACGCCUGCGACGACCCUCUUCCGCAGCCUCUCCGGAGCUGUCUUCACCGGCGAUAGCUGGAAACUCGCCAUUCCUGCAAUGCUGUACACGCUCCAGAACUCGCUACAAUACCUUGCCGUCAGCAACCUCGAUGCCGCAACGUUCCAGGUCACAUACCAGUUGAAGAUCCUGACGACGGCGCUUUUCAGUGUGACGCUGCUGGGCCGCAGUCUCAGCUUGCGUAAAUGGGCCAGCCUGGUGCUUCUCAUGCUGGGGAUCGCGAUCGUGCAGAUGCCGAUGGCGAGUGGAGACACCAACAACAUGGACAGCCUGCGCGAUGAAAGGAUACGCCUUUUCUGGCCACGCAGUAUAGAGGAAUUGCGUGGGCUGGGUAGUGAAACGGCCAAGCAACUCAUGCGGCGGACCGCAGGCGCCAUGGCCAGACGCUCGGCGACAUACGAGGGGAUUGAGGAGGAUGUUGCACUGCAGCAUCCUACGCCCAAUGCUUCUCUCGGUCUUAUGGCUGUUGUAGUGGCAUGCGUGCUAUCUGGUCUUGCAGGCGUUUACUUUGAGAAGGUUCUCAAAGAAUCGCACACCCCUGCCAGCCUUUGGGUCCGUAACGUGCAAUUGUCGUUCUACUCUCUGUUCCCAGCGCUAUUCCUGGGCGUCGUAUUCUUAGAUGGCGAGGAGAUUGCCAAAUUCGGCUUCUUCGUCGGCUACAGUUGGGUGGUUUGGGCUGCAAUCGGCAUGCAAGCGCUCGGCGGCGUAGUCGUGGCGCUCGUGGUCAGCUAUGCGGACAACAUCGCGAAGAACUUUGCGACCAGCAUCUCGAUCAUCAUCUCUUGCCUGGCCAGUGUAUGGUUUUUCGAUUUCCAAAUCUCGAAACAUUACCUUAUUGGCACGUCCAUUGUGCUUUUUGCGACAUAUCUCUACAGCAGCCACGACCGGAAUCGUCCACCUCCCAUUAAAAUUGCGGAGUAUGAGAAGACUAUCGUAGGCGCAGAUGCGGGAUACUUUGACCUCACACCCAGCGCGGAGAAGAUGUUGAAGACGCCGAAAAUCGGAGGAUUGUCCACUAGCAGGCCAAGCACGCCGAGUGUAGAACGGCAGACAUCUGUAUCGGAUCGAAUCCGUUACCUUGACUUUGGCGCGUCACUGGUUGGCAUUGAUAAAAGGAAGAUUGUUAGCGCACUAACAAUGAGCGACGACUCGGUCUCAGCGCUACUAGCUGACAUCGACAAUUGCGUACGCCGACCGCAAGAACAAGAGCAGCAGUAUGGAACUACACGAUCGCAAUACUCGCAUGCCAGCCGUGGGUUUGAAUUGGCGCAACCUCCUUCCUACUCCUACAUGGAAGCAGCUGUUGAUAAUGAGCGUGGGUUCGCUUCGCAAGGAGCGUUUGACGCUUUCGACCAGCAGCUCUUGCGGGAAUCAAACGGGGACCUAGUCGAGGGGAGAGCGAGGGUCUCGCUGCCGCCGAGGCGGACACAGUACUCCCAGCACAACUCCGCUCCCACAAUGACCGCUAGACAAAAACUUGCUCAGUUUGCCUACAAUCCUGCCUUGCCUCAGCCCAGCUCAUCUCCUAAGACUCAUGGCUUUCCAUCGAGUCCGGCGUUCAAAGCAAGCCAAAGGCUAUCCACCCAAUCAAAGUUCUCUCGCGCGGUGAGACUGGGAAGACCACAAUCGAUGGAAGAAGAAGACGACUACGGCUGGGACCUACAGGAUGACGAUGCAUGUCUUCAGCCGGAGCUGAUCAAAGCCCCGCCAAAACCACAGCCAAAAAGGAGAAACUCUCUGCCCACAGUUCGGGGUAUCGAGCUGGUCUCUACGAGGGAGCUUCCUGACCGCUUCCGGUCCAUCUUCACAUUCCCUGCCUUCAAUUGCAUGCAGUCCAAAUGUUUCGAUGCGACCUAUCGGACGAACAACAAUUUCGUGGUGAGCUCACCUACUGGAAGCGGCAAGACGGUGAUUUUCGAGCUUGCUAUCCUCAGACUUGUGAGCGAGUUUGGCGAUCGAGAGUUCAAAGUCGUUUACCAAGCCCCAACCAAGUCGCUUUGUUCCGAGCGCCAGCGUGACUGGCAAACAAAGUUCAACGCCUUGGGAUUGAACUGCGCAGAGUUGACAGGAGAUAGCGACGGCGCACAACUGAAGGCUAUCCAGGCCGCAAGCAUCAUCAUAACGACACCGGAAAAAUGGGACAGCAUGACAAGGAAAUGGAGAGACCACGACAGAUUGAUGCAGAUGGUGAAGUUGUUUCUCAUCGAUGAGGUACACAUACUGAACGAUGAACGGGGUGCAACCUUGGAGGCCGUCGUUUCGCGCAUGAAGAGCGUGGGAUCGGAUGUACGCUUUGUCGCGCUGUCCGCUACCGUGCCCAACUUCCUCGACAUUGCAAAAUGGUUGGGCAAGAACUCCCUAAACGGAGACAUUCCAGCGACUACUAAACAGUUUGGUGAGGAGUUUAGACCUGUCCAGCUCCAGAAGCAUGUUAUCGGGUUUCAAAACCCUAAGGACAAUGAGUUCAGCAUCGACUGGGCCCUUAACAACAAGCUGAUGGAGGUGAUUGCCGAAUACUCCAAAAACAAACCGAUUAUGAUAUUCUGCUUCACACGAAAAUCCGCUGCCACUACUGCAAAGGCACUUGCGAAGUGGUGGGCGGAGUCACAUCCCAGAGAGAGGCGUUGGGAAUGUCCCAAGAAACGAGUUGUUGUUGUGGAGCGAGAUUUACAGGGAUGUACACCCUCCGGGGUCGCUUACCAUCACGCUGGUAUGGAUAUCAACGACAGACAAGCAGUCGAAGAUGGCUUUUUGAAAGGGAACAUCAAUGUCAUAUGUUGCACGUCUACCCUUGCUGUUGGCAUAAACCUACCUUGCCACUUUGUCAUCAUCAAGAACACUGUCGGCUACACAUCGAAUGGCCUCAAGGAAUACUCGGAUCUCGAAAUCAUGCAGAUGCUUGGAAGAGCCGGUCGUCCGCAGUUUGACAACGAUGGCGUGGCAGUAAUCUUAACGAAGAACGAGAAGAUCAUGAGAUACGAGAAGAUGGUCACUGGGAGUGAAGUGUUGGAAAGCCAGCUGCACUUAAAUCUGGUCGAACAUUUGAAUGCUGAAAUCGGACUCGGUACGGUGACAAACAUCUGUUCUGCGAAGAAGUGGUUGGCCAGCACAUUUCUCUACGUCCGACUUCAAGAGAACCCUAGCCGAUACAAACUAGGGGGUGAUCUUCGAAACCAGAAUUUAGAUGACUACCUCGAACACAUCUGCAACCGAGAUAUAACCCUUCUUAAGGAACAUCAGCUGGUGGAAGGUGAUGAGCGUAUCCGUCUGACAGAACAUGGUGAUAUAAUGGCUCGGUAUUAUAUUCGUCUGGGGACGAUGAGACAUUUUCUGGGUAUGGACCGUCAAGCAAGAGUAUCCGAGAUUAUAUCCGCCUUGGCUGGCUCCGAAGAGUUCAAGAAUCUUCAACUCCGGCAAGGUGACAGGCCUUUCUACAACGCUCUGAACACAUCUCCGUCGAUCAAAUUCCCCAUUCCACACAACAUUACUCAGACUCCGCAAAAGGUAUCCUUAAUUAUUCAAUCAGUUCUGGGUGGUGCCGAUCCUCCGGCUUCGUACGAGAAAGACAAUCGAAGCCUUAGCCAGUAUAGGACAGAUACGAACCUGGUGUUCCAGCAUACCAACCGACUCAUUCGAUGCAUCAUAGACUGCGCCUUGCACGAAAAGGAUUCCGUCACAGCUCGCAACGCGCUCUCUUUGGCUCGGAGUCUAAAGGCCCAGGUAUGGGAUGAUUCUCCUCUUCAGAUGAAACAGAUUGGAUCUAUCGGACCGGUAGCUGUUCGGAAGCUGGUCAAUGCCGGUGUCAGGACCAUAGAAGAGCUCGAGGAUACGGCACCCCGCCGGAUAGAAACACUUUUGGGCAAAAAUCCUCCGUAUGGAACGAAACUCCUACAAGGGUUGAAAUCGUUUCCAAAGCUGCGGCUUUCGCUCAAGCAGAUGAAAGAUGCUAAAGGAAAAAAUGACGACGUGGUAACUGUCAAUCUGAAGGUUGAAUUUGGAUUUAUGAAUGAAUCGUCACCGUCAUUCUACAAAGGCGUUGCAAUUCACGUGUGCUUGCUCGCGGAGACUUCUGAUGGCCACAUGGUUAUUUUCAACAGAAUUCCUGCGGACAGAGUCGGCCAUGACCAAGAAAUUUUCUUUGCUGCUGAUAUCACAAGUCUGAAUCAAGUCGUCAAUUGCUACGUUAUGUGCGAUGGCAUCGCCGGCACCAUGAGGCAAGCUACGAUAACACCGAAGAUCCCUCACCACUUGCUUUCCCGCCUGAAGCCUCCGAUGAACAUCUCCAGAAGGCGGUCCGAGGGUUCUAAGCCUGACCAAACGUCUUCAAAUACCGGGGCUGACGAGUUUGAGUAUGAUGGGAUUGCCGAUUCGGACUAUGAUAAUGCCCUGGAUGCAGAAAAAGGUGACGGCUUUCUCGACAUUGACGAUAUCCAAGACUCUGGCUCGGGCAAGACAAACCAAGUUGCUACCACAAAGAAUGACCAUGAAUGGCAACCUCAAAGGCUACCCAAUGGCAAAUGGAAGUGUAACCAUCCUUGCAAAGAAAGGUCUUCAUGCAAGCACAUGUGUUGCAAAGAGGGCCUAGACAAACCUCCUAAAGCCCCCAAGAACUGGAAAUCAACUGUCUUGGAGAAAGACACACAUACUAAACAGUCUACACCCGCCGCAAAGAAACAGACAACUUUGACUUCUUCCUUGGAAUUAUCUUCAGAUGUCGAACAACUGGAUCUCACGCGAGCUGAACCGGAACAUCACAAACGGCCUCAAAAACCUUCGCGCGAGCUGGGAUUAAAAUCGUUUGGUCAAGGUCCACGAUCGUCAAAGUUGGAUCGUCCAUCGGCUGCUCGGGAUCCCGGCAUUGAGUCUUCUAUCAGGAUUACGCACAAGAAACCGAUCCACAACUACAAGAAAGAUACCCAGCCGGAACUUUCGUUCUUGCCGGCAAAGGAAAAAGAGUCGACUGAUGACUUCGAAUUUGAUGAUGACUGGCUUGCGAGUUUGCCACUAGACGAAGACAUAGACCUUAAGAACACUCAUGACCCUGGUCAACAAGAUGAUGAAGCAUUUGGCGAAGCAGACUCUUUGUUGGAUGAAGCCAUGGUCGGGCUCGCAGAUUCCCAACAGAUGGAGGAAUUGCGCGACCUGGAGCCCGGAUAUCCAACGCAGAUCGAGGAAACGACAUAUGGCUAUGGUCCAGGAGAAAAAACAGAGCUGGAACUUUCUCAUAAGCCAGCUGAACAACAUGUCUCCAAAUAUGCACAGCACAAGACGCCAGAGAAGUCGCUCUUCGUGACUGGUAACACGAGCAGCUCUGAUGCUUGUACCAACAGCGACGCUCCUGCUCUGUUAAUGCAGAAACGCAAGGAGACAGACGCUUUACCCCUCUCUGAGCCUCCGCUCAAGAAGUCUAGGCUUAAGCACAGCCAGGAUGACGAUGUCGAUACCACGUCACACAACACUGAACAUCAUAUUGAAGCCGCUUCCGGUAAUGUGGAUGCGACUUCAACGCUCUCACCUGGGUACGGUGAGGGUAUCGAGCCCUGGGUUUUUGAGAUGCUCGGGCCGCACUUCGAGUUUGUGUAAGUGUGUUUGGGCCGAAUUUAUUUUGCACAGACGGGGCUCCAUGCUGCUUUUGCUGCUGACAGCUGAUUGGCUAAUUGGCCGGUAUGGAUGGUUGCGUGGUUGCUCACUUGCUGGUGGGCGCGUUGUUCAGAACGGUCCAUUUACACGGAUCCAGGCCGUACCAGUGAAGGCCCGGUCAUUGCACAAACACAAGAGAACGUCUAUGCGGACUUUUCUUCUCCAGUAUUCAGUUCUGUUGCAUUUUCUAAGUUUGUAGCUUUCGAUAUUUACUUCGGAGCGAUACUGCCUUGCUAAACUAGAUUAAUG